AUGCAUCCAACUGCCGGAUCCCUCCCCGGCGCCCUUGCGGCACUGAUUCUGGCCCUGCCUGCCACCAUCAGCGCCCAUGUGGCAGCCACCGCCCCCGGCCCUUCGGUCGGUGCCAACGUGCCCCUGCCUGCAGCCGUCCCCGCUGCCUCGGCCACUGCCAAGAUCCCCCUGGCUUCUGGUGCCCCCGGUGCCCCCGGUGCCCCCUCUCCCGAGGCCCAGUUCCCCAACGGCCAGAUCCCGAACGCCCAGAUGCCAGGUCAAUUCCCUACUGGCCAGUUCCCCAACGCCCAGUUCCCCAAUGGGCAGACGCCGAAUGGACAGUUCCCCAACGGUCAGGCUCCCAAUGGCCAAUUCCCCAACGGUCAGGUCCCCAACGGCCAGGGCCAGCCGCAACAGCCUCCCGUCAACGUCAACUGCGCCCAGGGUGUUCACAUCAUCGUUGCUCGCGGCGGUGAGGAGCGCCCCGGCAUGGGCAUGAUCGGCAAGGUCGCCGACAACGUCAUGGCGCAGAUCCCGGGCUCCAGCAUCGAGGCGGUCGACUACCCGGCGUCGCUCUCCGAGUACUCACGCUCGCAGGGCGUCGGCGUCCAGGUCAUGUCGCAGAUGGUUGCCAACUACGUGGCGGCCUGCCCCAGCAGCCGCAUCGUCCUUCUCGGCUACAGCCAGGGCGCCCACGUCGCUGCCGACCUGGUCUGCGGCGCCUCCGAGGCCCAGUUCGCCACCCAGGGCAUGCCCGCCCUCCCCGCCGAGCUGCAGCGCAACAUCGCCGCCGUCGUCAUGAUGGGAGACCCCUCCCGCUCCGCCGACGCCCCCUUCAACCAGGGCAACGCCACAAAGGGCGGC